AUGGGUGCCUCUUUUGGUGAAUUGUCUGUGCUGUUUGGGGAACCGAGACAGUUUAUCCUUAGGGCACAGACGACUUGCGACGUUUGGUGUCUGUCUUGCCAAAGUUUUACGUCCACCGUGAGACGUGACGACGCCCUGCGGCGAAAUUUGCUUUCCAAGGCGGCUGCCCUGCGGAUGCGGUGGUUGGGGGAGCAGCGGUACACCGCAUCGCUGGCACAGGUGCUGCGUGAAAGUUGUGAACUUUUUCGCGAAGCACCCGAUAGUUUUAUUCGUCUCGUACAGGAGCGCAUGGAGCCUGUUGUCUACCCGCCUGCAACCCUGCUUACUUCCAUUUCUUCACGCUGCGGGGAGAUGUUUCUUAUUCUCCAUGGCAGGGUGACCUCGAUUGUUGACGGUGUGGCGGAGUACGGCCCUGGAUCUGUGAUUGGCGAGCCCACCAUCAUUGACCACCGCUGGCCGCUGGGUCUUGUUUCAAAGUCCAUGGUGGAGGGAUGGAAGCUCUCUCGGCCGCAUCUUCGCGAUGCUCUGCACCGCAUUGAAAUUCUUCGCCGCCACUCCGGCGAAGUUGGUUCCCAUAUACAGCAGCUAAUGCAGAAAGUCUUCGCGUCGCCACACCCCCCGUGCGACGUGGAUAUCGUGGGCCGUCCGCGGAUGCCCUUGGUGGGUCCGCCACCGCGUGGUCGGACGUACAUGGAGUUUGCAAUGUGGCUUGCGGAAGUACAACUGAAGGCCAUCUGCUUUAGAUUCCGGGACUAUAUAAAAUGGGACGAUAUUUCGUACUCCGCAUCCCCGGUAGAGGCGCCAUCGCGGGCAUCCAUAACGUCAUCGGCUUCUGCGAGAUGCACCUCUAUUCCUGACGCUGGCUCCUUUUCCUUUCAGUCCAUGGCGGGGAGUGGCGUGCACGCAGCACGUCGCGGUAAGAAAAACGUCUCCACGCGGCCAAGGAAGGCAAACAGGCUUGUUGUUGGGAGCAACUUCCCCUUUUACGUGAACCUUGCCAUUGUGCACCAGCCCUUCACACAGCCCCUUCUCCGAAAGCCGCUCUCCGUAUUCAGGAAGGAGAAAGAACAGGAGGAGGAGGAAACUUUCUUUGUGAGGCAACGGGCCAUCACUGCCAGCCCAAAUGCGCGCGUGCGGGUCAGUAUGAUGCCGCAGUUGGAGCAGCUAAAGACACUUUUCGAAGGUCGAGACAAGUUGCACAAAGUGGAGACAAGGCAACACGAGCCUGUGGAGAUGCAGCAGGAUCGGCUCGAUCCUGUCAAGGUGACUCGGUUUGGGUGCCCUCCGCCUGUCCACAUUUUUUUGCAGGGCAGUAGGCCGCGGGUUCAAAUCACGGUGGAGGAGGCCAUCAGCGUGGGGUAUGUGCUGCAGUUCCCGGACGCGAAAAACAUCCAGGCCUGUGUCUCCCACAUCGACUCCGAUGUGACAAUUGGGUUACCGCAACACCGACAACGACGGCGCGAGAUGGCGCUCACCCCCAACAUUCGCCACCACCGGCGCUGCUUCCUUUUUGCCGCCUCUCAGUUGGAUGAGAAUGGCAAAGAGGAAGCGUUGGUGAAAGCGGUCGCAGUGAAAGAUGCGGAGGACAAUGAAAAGGCCCAGCACCUUGCCACGCUUCUAAUGAGCAAGAUGCCUGAAGCGGAGCCUCGGCUCAAUGUUCUGCAGGCUGCGGGAGCACGGGAGGACAGUGGCCUACCUUCAGACUGGCAGAGGAGCUUCCUCUUCUGCUCACUCUCUGGCACUGCGUCUCCGAGCAAGCAGACGCUCUCUGGCAGGCAGGCGCUUUCUCCUUCAAAAGAGCAAGAUGAAUCUGUGUUCCUUCGACAACUUCGCAACAACCCGGAGAAGGCGAUGAGGUCCCUUCGCUCGAGGUUGAGUUUGCCACUAGAAAAUUCGGAGAGUGAGGCACCCGGCAACGAAGGCUCUCAUCAGUUCCCUGAUAACCUGCCAAACCUAAGCUCUAAAACACAGGGAAAUGACUUGCUUGAUCGCCUACGUCGUGCUUCGGAUGUACAUGAGGUUAAGCUACCUGAAAAUUCAUUUACUGGAGUUCCACCUCGACCGCCGAGCAGUCUACCUAACGAGAACGAGCCCGACAAGGUGGGAGAAGAAGGCGAGGGUCAGCUGGAUUCUUUCAUGGGUGGCGAGAGCGCACCACUCUUUGUUGAUGGCUAUGGUCAACUUGGCAGCUCAGCGAGCCAUCCAAUGGCGGAAACGCAGGCGCACCAGGAACUCCCAGUGGGGGUUGUACCGCCGGAGCUGAAUCGCCGGAAGAGCUCAAUAGGACCGUACGAAAGCAAACGCGACGAUGUCUCGGCGCGGGCUCCUUGCAAUUUUGUUAUGCCAACUGUGAGGGAAGCCAUUGUCACAAUGCGUCGCAUGCAACGCGACGUUGAGGGUCUUAACGCCGUGGCGGAGGAGCAAAAGCGUGAACGGCUGCAACGAUCUCGCUGCCGUGUGGAUGGCAAACCUGCCUUUGUGACAGAUGCUUCACUUUUGGCUGAGUACAAGCGCAUGGCAGACGACUGGGCUAUCACCUACAAGGAUAAAGCCCGUGACCCGCUGUACACUAGCACAAUCCCGCCUCUGCUGCUCGCUGAGGCCGGCACGGACUACCUUGCUGAGGAGUACCAAGUGAUCCGACACCAGCAAACGACAGAAUCUAACACUACACAUGGGGUGGAGGAGUGGCGCGGCGAGCUUGAGGCAAAGGACCGACACUCCAGGAAGGACGAUAGCGAGGUACGGAAAAAGGUCAGCACGCAUGUUAUGACAUUUGUCGGGCCGAGGAAGCUGGGGUUGCACUCCAAACCACUAGAGAGCCCUCUUUCGCACUUGACGCAGGAGGAGUAUCAGCAAUGGCUUGAGGAGCGGGACGCCGUGUUUCGGGCUGCCAGGCGUCUGCCGUGA